AUGCAUUUCAUAGAACGCACACUGCACCGUAGUGGCAUCGGGGAAGAGACAAGCCUUCCUCUGGCAGUCCGAUACAUUCCACCCUCUAGAAGCUUAGAUGAUGUCCGUGCCGAGGCAGAGCUUGUCAUUUUCUUGGCAAUCGAUGACCUACUAGAAAAAACAGGCAUAGCUCCCAGCACCAUCGAUAGACUAGUUGUCAACUGCAGUGUCUUUUCACCAGUUCCAUCCUUGGGUGACAUGAUCCUGAACCGAUAUAAGCUUCGAGAUGACAUCCACAAUGUGACCUUAUCUGGGAUGGGUUGCAGUGCUGGACUAAUCUCUGUGGGGCUUGCAAGAGACCUCCUUCGAGUUCGACCAGCAGCACAGCAUGAAGAUGUUGAUGGCACGCUAGGCAUGAAUAUAUCUAGAAACAUCUUAGCUACCGGUGCUAAUGCAUUGAAGGCCAACUUCACUGCCAUUGGGCCACUAGUUCUUCCACAUUCAGUUCAACUAUUUUACAAACUGUUUCUCAUCAUGAUAAAGUAUUCCAACGGACAGGUCAAGCAAUACCAUCCAGACUUCCGAAAAGCAGUCCAGCACUGGUGUAUCCACCCCGGGGGACGACCAAUGAUCGACAAGGUUCAGCACAGCCUUGGUUUGUCAGACGAGCAGAUGGAGCCGACGCGUAUGACACUCCAUCGGUUUGGAAACAUGUCUAGCAGCACAAUUUGGUAUGAGUUGGCUUACAUCGAGGCUAAGGGUCGAAUGCGCAAGGGUGACCGGGUGUGGAUGCUUGGCAUUGGCUCUGGCUUCAAGUCCAAUAGCGCUGUUUGGGACUGCAUCCGACCAGCAGAGGAGGUGGACAAGGCGUGGGCUAGCUGCAUCCAUAGAUACCCAGUGGCAACCCCCACAGAAGCUUUGAAUACUGUCUCGUGA